GCCAUUAAAAUGGCAUGAUUUAAUAUCAACCGUCAGAUAUUUCAUCCAAUGUAUUACAAUCAACAAGACAAUCCAGUGAGAGAAGCAGAGAGAUCAGAGAUGGCGCCUCCAGAGAAGAAGGCGGGGAGAGCUUGGCCGGCGGCGGCGCCACGAAGGAGGAAGCGCAUGGAGAGCAGGAACGGAGUGGAGAGGUCGGCGUACUUCGCGCGGAGGGAGGCAGCAAAGGUGCUGCGCUCAGCUCUGCAGGGCGAUGCCCGCCGCCGCGCGGUCGGAUCCAUCAAGUCCCUAGUCUACUCCCCCUCCGUCCGCAACAAGAAGGCCACCUUUGCUCUCGUCUGUCAAACCCUCAAGCAUCUUCCCUUACUCAAGGAGGUUUUAGCUGCUACAAAUAUACUAAGUGGCAAAUGGAAGAGGCAAGAGGAAUUAGUGUACGUGAUUGCAUACGAUGUUCUGUUUGGACAGGAUAUUGCUAUGUCAGGCCCCGUGGAGAAGUUUCUCAUGUUUCGCAAAAACGAACUUCAGUCAGCUUUGGCCAAACUGUAUGUGAAAGAGAAGGUCAAAUCUGUUGAAAGUUUACUCCUAGAGUAUCAAACUCCUGUAUCUUCAAAACCUCGAUAUGUUCGUGUGAACACACUCAAAAUGGAUAUUGACACUGCUAUGCAUGAAUUAGGCAAAGCAACCACGGUUAUGAAAGAUGAUUUGGUUCCAGACAUGCUAGUAGUUCCAACGGGGACGGAUUUGCAUGAUCAUCCCUUGGUCAUGAAUGGAAGUGUCUUUCUACAAGGCAAAGCAAGCUCUAUGGUAGCAGUUGCAUUAUGCCCUAAACCUGGAUGGCAGGUCCUCGAUGCCUGUGCAGCUCCGGGAAACAAAACUGCUCACCUUGCUGCUCUCAUGAGAGGACAAGGGAAAAUUAUAGCAUGUGAACUUAAUGAGGAAAGAGUCAAGGUUCUACGAACUUCUAUUACAAAAUCUGGAGCACAUAAUGUAGACAUAAUUCAUGGUGACUUUCUGAAGUUGGAUACAAAGGAUCCUAAAUUCUCAAAGGUUUGUGCAAUUCUCUUGGAUCCCUCCUGUUCUGGAUCUGGAAUUUCUGCUGAGAGGCUGGAUAAUCUGCUCCCUUCAUACUCUCAAGAUAAUGAUAUUGAUGCUGCUAAGAGUCAGAGGGUGAAGAAGCUUGCUGCUUUCCAAAGAAAAGCUCUUGUUCAUGCACUAUCCUUUCCUGCUGUCGAAAGAGUUGUGUACAGUACAUGUUCCAUCCAUCAAACUGAAAACGAGGAUGUCAUCAAAUCGGUUCUCCCUUUUGCUGCAUCUCGUAAUUUUGAAUUGGCAACUCCUUUUCCACAGUGGCCUCGCCGCGGACUUCCUGUCUUUGAAGGAUCCGAACAUUUACUCAGGACUGAUCCAACAGAGGAUGUGGAAGGUUUUUUUAUUGCUUUAUUUGUACGAAAACAAUUCAAGAAAAAGAUUCUCAGAAGAAAAACAAGAGAAAUAUAUUUACCCUUCGGCAAAAUCUCGGCAAUGUGGAUGAGAGACAUCACAAUAAAAAGAAGAAAAAGAUGGACCAUGCUUGACAGUAGGAUGAUAAUCUAGAGCAGAAAUGUAGCGAUACAUGUUGUCUAAUUAGAAUUGUGCUUAUUGAUUAUGGAGGAACAUAUGCAGAUAGUUUUCUUUUUGUUUAUUUGAAUUAUGUUCUUUUUUUUACAUAUAUGCCCUUAUAAAACCAAGUUUUUUACAUUGUAAACUCAGUAUAUUUGUAAAAAAGGUUUUACCAUAGAAGGGCAUGCAAGGAAUUUGAUGUUCUGCA